UAUUUUAUAAUUAGACCAUUAAUCGUAUUAUUUCAAAUCAUAAAAUAUGAUAAAGUUUCUCAUUGGACAAAUUUGACAACUAUGAUAACUUAUAAUAUAAAAGUUAUAUAUCUUUUUUAUGUAUAAUAAUUUAUAUAAAUUUCUCUUGGUUUGUUCCAUGCUAUUAAUGGCCUUCACUAUUAAACAGCAUUAGUACUUUUGGCAUUUGGAGGCUCUAUUGGUAUGACAUUUGUUAUACUAGGUUGUGCUUUACCUGCAUAUAAAGUAUGGUGGCCACUUUUUGUCAUACUAUUUUAUAUAUUAGCACCAAUUCCAACUAUAAUUGCACGUCGUUAUACAAAUGAUUUUGACAAUAAUCCUAAUCCAUGUUUGGAGUUUGCAAUAUUCAUUACUACAGGUUUUGUUGUAUCAUCAUUUGCUCUUCCUAUUGUCUUAGCUCGGUCUCCAGUCAAUGAUCCAGUGAUACAAUGGGGCGCUUGUUAUUUGACUUUAUCAGGUAAUAUUAUUAUGUAUCUAACUCUAGUCGGACUUUUUGCAACCUUUGAUCAGGAUGGGGUUGGAUAUAACACUUGUUGAAAUGGUGUACUUCAUCGUACUUAUUUAUUAAUUUUACAUGGUUUUUUGCAAAAUAAAAAGAAGAAUGCAAAUCAUAUAUUGCACUGACUGACAGUCAUAUGUUGAUUUUAAGUCAUUGCAACAUUUAUAGUAUAUUACUUACAUGAUACAUACAGAUAUAUAUAUAUACACACACAUAUAUAUUAUACUAUAGAUAUAUAGUAUAUAUAGUAUAUAUAUAUAUAUCAUAUACAGAUAUUAAUAUUAUAACAAAGAGUAUUACAAUAACCAAUACUAAAGUUAAUGAUUUAUUUUGAUAUUUUUAUGCAGUAUCCAAAAUUUUAGAUUUUAAAAAAUAACAAUUUUUAUAAAUCUCUUCGGAUAAAAUUAAAAAACAUAACUAUGCUAAAACAUGUAAAAUUUAAUAUUUAUAUUUAUUGAAUUUAAGUUCUUGAAAGCAAUAUUAAUAAACAAUUUUUUACAUUACUUCA